UCUCCCUCUAAAAAAGUCAACUCCCGCUCGCAUGCAACCCCCUCUCUCUCUAUCUCUCUCUCUGAUCGUCAUCUCCCUUUCUCUUCUUCUUCUCCACCUUUCCUCAGUUCGUUUUCUCUGCAAAAUGAUGAGAAAUCAAAUAUAGUCUCUGCAAAUCCCGAGAAACAACAAUCCAUCAAUCUAAUAUAUCUAUCUGAUAUAUAUUUUUUUAUUGAAUUUGAUGGGCAACGGCGUUACCAAAGUCAGCCACUGUUGUGCUGUCUCAGGGGACAUCUCUCGCCGGCAUGACAUCGCCGUUUAUGUCAGCGAUCACCUCCACAGGGGACUGGGUCAUUCCUUCUGUUACAUACAAUCUAAUCCAUCUCGCUUAUCCAACUCAAAAAUCCACUCCGAUGAAACGACGACGUUCGUCUCUAUCUCUGGUGCCUCUGUAAGCGCUAAUACUUCAACGACUCUGAGCGAUGCUUGUCUCUACAGCUCCAGUUUGGAUGAGGCUUCCGCUUUUGAAAGCUCCGACUCUUUCUUUUCAGUCCCUCUCCAGCCCAUCCCUCGUGGGCAGCUUCAAUCCGGCUCUGGUAAGCUCGUACCGGGUUCUUGUCCAAUCGAACGGGGCUUUUUAUCGGGUCCCAUAGAGCGUGGGUUUCUUUCGGCACCCAUUGAGCGUGGGUUUGUAUCGGCACCUCUUGAUCGCGGCUUAUAUUCCGGUGAAAAGGAAGGGGACAACAGCGGCAAGUUACAGAGGAGUAUCUCUCAUGGCAGUAUUGUCUUUGAUCAAAUCCAAGUUAAAACCAAGAAGAAAAGCUUGAUAAAGACUUUAAAGAAAGCAAUAUCGAGCACCAUCUCUCGAGGAAAAAAAUCUAUAGUAGCGUCGAUCAAAGGUGUUAAAGAAUCAGUUUCAGGUAGAAAUGGUGAAAACUUGAGCGGUGAUAGUGCUAAUUUGAGUGCCCAGGUAAGCUCGAACAAUGAUGUUGAUGAAGAUAGUUUGUUUUCAAUGGAGAGCCAGAAUCUGCAAUGGGCACAGGGUAAAGCAGGUGAGGACAGAGUUCAUAUGGUAAUAUCAGAGCAACAUGGGUGGAUUUUUGUGGGAAUUUAUGAUGGUUUUAAUGGCCCUGAUGCUCCAGAUUAUUUACUUACCAAUCUCUACACUAAUGUUAACGAGGAGCUCAAAGGAUUGUUAUGGAAUGACAAGUUUGAAUCCCCAUCAAAAACAGAGGAAACUGAGGAGGCAUCAACUUCUACUGACAAGGAAAAUCAUCUGUUUGGCAUUAGAGAUGAGGAAAAACAAUAUUCAAAGAGAAACCAGGGGAAGAAUCCGAGGCACAGGAGUAAAGGCGCAGCAAAAAGGUGGGAGGAAAGCCAGAGGAGAUGGAGGUGUAAAUGGAACAGAGAAAGAAUGGAACUUGAUAGGAAAUUAAAAGAGAAACUGAAUUGUAAAGGGUCUAAUUCUAAUGGAGUUAACCAUUUCCAUGUUUUGAAAGCGCUUUCCCAGGCACUGAGGAAAACAGAGGAAUCCUUCUUUGAGAUUGCUAAUAAGAUGGCAGCAGAGAAACCUGAAUUAGCUUUAAUGGGUUCUUGUGUUUUGGUGAUGUUGAUGAAAGGAGAAGAUGUUUACUUGAUGAAUGUUGGAGAUAGCCGCGCAGUUUUGGCACAGAGAUGUGAAACAGAUCUUGGAAUUGGAAAAAUAAACCAGGAUUUGGAGAUAAUCAAUGAGGAAAGCCUGCGAGAUCUCGAAGUCUCUAAUGGCGAUGAAAUAUACAGAUUUAGCAGCUUGAGUUCCCUUCAGCUUACCAUGGAUCACAGCACUUACGUGCAUAAGGAAGUUCAGAGGAUUAAGAAAGAACAUCCUGACGAUCCUUCUGCAGUGAUGAAUGAAAGAGUGAAAGGUUACUUGAAGGUUACUAGAGCUUUUGGAGUUGGCUUUCUCAAGCAGCCGAAGUGGAAUGCUUUACUGCUAGAGAUGUUUCAAAUCGACUACGUUGGAACCUCUCCAUACAUCACAUGUCUUCCAUCACUACAUCACCAUAGACUGAGCUCAAGAGACAGGUUUCUAAUCCUGUCGUCUGACGGCUUAUACCAGUACUUCACCAAUGAAGAAGCAGUAUCAGAGGUUGAACUGUUCAUUUCCGCAUUUCCUGAAGGAGACCCUGCACAACAUCUAAUAGAGCAAGUUCUAUUUCGUGCAGCCAAAAGAGCUGGUAUGGACUUCCAUGAGUUGCUUGCUAUCCCACAAGGCGAACGUCGCCGGUACCAUGAUGAUGUUUCUGUAAUAAUCAUUUCUUUGGAAGGCAGGAUUUGGCGUUCAUCUGUGUAAAUAAACUAUAAGUUUCCAUCAAUCCCAUUAUUUUCUUCUCAAUUUUGGCCUUAGAUCUUAUUAUACCAACUAGGUUUCUUUAUUAAUAGCCUGUUAUCUCCGCGUGCACAUAAGGAUGAGACUAAUCGAUGCUCGAAACCCUUCUGACAAGGGCGAGUAAAGGAUUCAAACCCACCAAAGUUUUAGAGACAAGCGAGAGUUUUGUUUAUACUGUAAAUGUAUUCUUGUUCAAGUAGUCCUCCUUUCAAC